CACCACUAUGCCUGCCAACUUCAUCCUUCCCCUCUUCAGCCUCUUCACUCUCUAUGCUAUCUGGUACUACGCCGAUGUGAACGGCCUCCUCUCCCUUGCAAAGCAGAGCAUCGCGCACAACACCCUCCCUGGCAGUGAUGCACCACUCCGAACCACUUACACGGGUCUCGCUCAUUUAGACCAUCUACUUACCACUCUGACCACCUUUUUCUGGCCCACGACCGAUGGGAGCCACCCGGCCUUGACCCUCCACACUCUUGGCUUUGCCGGAACUUUCGGGUCCGCCUGGAUCUUGAUAACCCUCGAAUCCUGGCGAAGGGGUAACGCCUGGACACUUGCUGCAUACCCCCUGGUGUUUGGCCUCUCCGCUCAAACCCUCACCUUUGCCUUCGCAGCGCCACUCUACUGCGCCCUGCAGCUCUCUACAUCUAUCACGUCCCAAGCCCCUACAGCAGUGAAUGUCUACAUUCCCCGCUCCGUCCUCCAUGCGCUGCCAUGUGUCUUUGCUGUAUCCUACAUGCUCCCCAGCACGCUUAUGAUCCUCCCCAUCUCCGGAACUAUUUCCACCGACCUGAAACAGAUCUUCAUCGCCCUCUGGCAGCCUUUUCCAGCCUACAUCUCAAUUCUUCUGGCAGUUACAAAUACCGUCUUCUCACCCCUCACCAGUGUGGAUCAAACCGGGCGGAAAGAUUUACGUGCCCUUCGUUUUGUCUACGCGUUCGCGUUUGCGAACACAGCCGUCACGCAUCUUGUCACCUGGACAAUAUCAUUGACCACGGUUUUUGCCCCAGCGAUCAUUGAUGAACGCUUUCGGGGUGAGCUGUACCCGAGUAUUGUGUUUGGGAUUCCGACGCCGUGGACAUCACCUGUGGUGCAGGUGCAGAGCAUUGCGGACGGGGUUCAUGCUUUCCUACGGUGGGAUUACCUGAUUGGGUCAAUGGGAAUGGUUGUUUGGGCGGGAGCGUUGAAUGCAGGAGCGCAGAGGGUGGUAUAUGGGGCGGUUGGAUGGUGGCGGUUGAUUGUCAAGGUGGUCUUGUUGGCUGUGGUUGCUGGGCCGGUGGGUGCAGCAGUAGAGUUGGUUUGGGAGAGGGAUGAGCUGGUAAUAGCUGAGACGGACACUGUCACAAGGGUAUCUGAGAAGGCUAAGGCCUCUUAUUGAAGAGUAUGUCUCAUGUAUAUGGUAGGAAUGCGUCGAAAUGGCUGGCAGAUAUAGUAGUCGGG